CCGCCACCACCGUCCCCUCCACGUGUCUGCCCUGCGCCCGUGGCCAUGUGCAGGACCCUGAGCGGCUUCCCCACCACCUGCCUGGAAAGAGCUAAGGAACUCAAGACGCGCCUGGGGACCCUCCUGCAGAAACCAGACCCCGGCAGGCUCCCAGGAAGCAGAAAACGGAGCAAAGAAGGAAACUGCUCAAAUGCUCUGCGCUGGAGAGAGUCCUUUGACGCGCUUCUGAGUGACCCGAGCGGGGUGGCCGCCUUCCACGCCUUCCUCAAGACGGAGUUCAGCCAGGAGAACCUCGAGUUCUGGCUGGCCUGCGAGGGCUUCAAGAAGAUCCAAUGCCGAGCCAAACGGGAGGCCCAGGCCCACUGCAUCUUCCAGGAGUUCGUGUCCUGCGAAGCCCCCAAAGAGGUGAACCUGGACCACGAGACGCGGGAGCUGACCAGAGCCGGCCUGCAGGCCACCCCCGGCACCUGCUUUGACGUGGCCCAGGCCAAGACCCGCGUGUUGAUGGAAAAGGACUCGUACCCCCGAUUCCUGCGCUCCCCUGCCUACCAGGACCUGGCGGCCCGCGCCUGCCCCCCGCCCCCCUCGCAAAGCUGAGCCAUCCCGAG